GCACUGGACACUUGUUCGCGCGUCCGCGCGUUCGCUCACUUGCCAUUUGACUUGCAGAAGUCGGUUGGAUAACAUCUGGCUUCGGGGUAAGACUAGCUUGAAAGAGUGCAGAACGUUAGUAGAACUGAAACAUGAGGGAGAUUGUGCACGUGCAGGCUGGGCAGUGUGGAAACCAGAUAGGGUCAAAGUUCUGGGAGAUCAUAUCAGAAGAGCAUGGCAUCGACCCAUGCGGCAUGUACCGCGGUGACAGUGACCUUCAGUUGGAGAGGAUAGACGUGUACUACAACGAAGCUGCCAGAGGGAAGUACGUGCCCAGAGCGAUCCUGGUGGAUCUCGAACCCGGCACCAUGGACUCCGUCAAAGCUGGCGGGCUGAGCAAUCUCUUCCGGCCUGACAACUUCGUUUUCGGACAAAGCGGUGCAGGCAACAACUGGGCCAAGGGCCACUACACGGAGGGGGCGGAGCUCGUGGACGCGGUGAUGGACGUGCUGAGGAAGGAGGCGGAGGGCUGCGACUGCCUGCAGGGCUUCCAACUGACGCACUCGCUGGGCGGCGGCACUGGCUCCGGCAUGGGCACGCUGCUCAUCUCCAAGAUACGAGAGGAGUUCCCCGACCGCAUCAUGAACACUUUCAGCGUCUUCCCCUCGCCCAAGGUGUCGGAUGCUGUAGUUGAGCCAUACAAUGCUACGUUGUCAGUUCAUCAACUUGUGGAGAACACAGAUGAGACCUUCUGCAUCGACAACGAGGCCUUGUACGACAUCUGCUUCCGCACGCUCAGGCUUCCCUCUCCCACUUACGGAGACCUCAACCAUCUUGUCUCUCUGACCAUGUCUGGAGUUACAACUUGCCUAAGGUUUCCUGGACAGUUAAAUGCAGACUUGCGCAAGUUGGCUGUGAAUAUGGUUCCGUUUCCUCGACUGCAUUUCUUCAUGCCUGGCUUCGCACCUCUUACAGCUAGGGGCAGCCAACAGUACAUGGCUCUGAACCUAGGAGAACUCUCGCAACAGAUGUUUGAUUCAAAGAACAUGAUGACUGCAUGUGACCCUUACCACGGUCGCUACCUCACGGUAGCAGCCAUCUUCAGGGGUAAGAUGUCCAUGAAGGAAGUGGAUGAAACAAUGUUCAGUAUGCAGAGCAGGAAUAGCAGCUUCUUUGUUGAGUGGAUUCCCAACAACGUGAAGGUUGCAGUUUGUGACAUCCCACCUAGAGGUCUCAAAAUGUCUGCAACAUUUAUCGGUAACACAACAGCGAUCCAAGAGAUUUUCAAGAGGAUCUCGGAUCAGUUCACCGCCAUGUUCCGGCGCAAAGCUUUCCUUCAUUGGUACACAGGCGAAGGCAUGGAUGAAAUGGAAUUUACAGAAGCAGAGUCUAACAUGAAUGAUUUAAUAUCUGAAUAUCAGCAGUAUCAGGAGGCCACAGUUGAUGAGGAUCUGGAUCAGGAUCUGGAUAUUGAUGAAACUGCCGAAAUAGAAGAACAAUACCAAUAAGAAAAAGCUGUCUCACUAUGUGAUGCAGGAUUAUGGGUUGAUUGAAGCCAAAAUUUAAAUUUUUAAUGUAUGUCCGUAUAUUGCUGAGCUUUAAAUACUAUCUCUAGCAGUAAAGAGCAAUGAAGGUAUAUAUUACUUUUGCUUUUGGUUUAUGUUAAUAAAACUUUAAGAAAAUAAUUGACUAUUAUUUGCUUCAGAGUUUUGUGCCACAGAAAGAAAAUUAGUGAUAAAGAAAAGCAUUGUUUUAAGUCUCCUGAUUGAAGUAUAAAAUGAAUACGAAUAUUAAAGUUCAUUUGCUGCUGCAUAUUCAGUUAAAAUAUUGAAUGCCAUCAUCUUUGUUUCUGGUUUCUAUCAAAGCUAAGAUAUGUUAAUUUGUAUAAGUACAUAUAACACACUUUUGCUUACCAGGCCCAUAAUCCUUUAUAACAUAGUAUUGUGAAAAACUUUUGAAAGACUGCAAAAAAAAAAAAAAAAAAAAAAUUAAAAUAUUUUUGGAAGAAAAUUAUUUGAAAAGAUGUGUGGAAAAGCUAAUGAAAUUAAAUACUAUAUUUAAUAACCAUAAGUUUUGUUCCUCAAUAAAUAAUUCAAUUAAAAUGUACAGAAAAUAGUAAAUUACAUGUGACAUGUGGGUGUAGGGUGAGCAGAAGAAACUGCCAAUAAAAGAAUUGUGAUAACUCUGUGGUUUUAUUCAGAGAUACUAGCUACUCACUGCUAGAGGCUGGUUGGUAGUUAACUUGCAGGUAUGCAAAUUUGCGUGAGUUUGCAUUUAUUUGUUCUGCAGCGCUAUUCCGUUAGCGGUUGCACAUCCUCAAUGCUGGAAUUAUGUAAUGAUCAGUUAACAUACAUAGUUUAGCAAACAUUUUAUGCCAAAAACCUCCAAAACAAUUAUAAAAGUGAAUUAUUUACAUGGUUGUAAUACACACAUGUGGUACAACUCAUUAGUGUGGGCUUCAUCACUUGUGAUUGAGAUUGGGCUGUUACUUGCACAUGGCUGCAGCAAAGAAGUGGUGGAUGGGGGUGUUGAGUUUGGAAUGGGUAACUCGGUAAGGUAAGGCAGACAAAUCAAACCUAGAUGAAUACUGGACUUGUAAAUGUAAUAAGAGUAGGUAAUGAUAGUGAGUUAUGGUAGGAGUGUGUGGUAUAUGUAAAGUUGCAUAGUUGGUAGAAAGUCGAUGGUGUGAUAUGAGUAAUUGUGUGUGGUUGGGAGACAGGACACAGGGCAGGGAAUGGAUGGAAUGUAAUUGUUUUUUUGUAAGAAAUGUACAGUUAAUAUAAGUAAAUAAAGAGUGUAAUGAAG